GACAGCGAUCUUAUAUACAUGUAAUCAUCGACAAUCGGUUAUAUCAAUAUUCUAAUUAUCCACAGGCUCAGUCCACUUGUAGUGUACACAACAUGCAUAUUUACUCUUCCUUUCUUGUGUUACAGAGAAAUUUAUAUCUUACUUUGUGUUUCCUCGAAAAAUUUUAAUUUCUAAUAAAAGUAAAUAAUAAAUUCAUGUUUUUCUAAAGAAUUAGCAGAUGAAGAAAAGACAAAGAAAUUUUGUAUUUGUACAACGGUGUAUCUUAUGUAAACAUAUUUAUAUACAUUUUGACGAUCGACCCAGACGUUCUGGACAUUGUAUAUGAUAAUUACACGAUUUGAUAACUUAUAAUAAUUUUCAUAUAAAUUUAACUCAAGUUUUUUUUCUGUAAUCAUGGCUAAUAAUCCAGUAGUCUUUCAAAUGACCGAUUCGAUCCAAGCAUGGCUAAAAUUCUUGGAGGUAUAUAUUAAUGAGCCAGCAGUAAAUAAAAGUGUACGACAAAUAGAAUUUUUAGCAACUACAAUAAAAGGAGACAAUAAAGUGGCUUGGUUAUUAAAGGCGAUAACUUUCAUCGAUUUAACUACCUUGACUGGUUCCGAUACAAGCAGCAACAUAGAAGAAUUAUGUAAAAAAGCUGUGAAUCCUACAGAUAAGUUGCCAUUUGAAUGGAAGAAACCACUUCAUACAGCUGCCAUUUGUGUUUAUCCAUCCAGAGUGAAAGAUGCAGUUAAGGCAUUAAAGAAAUUAAAGAAGACAGAUGUGAAAGUUGCAAGUGUGGCAGCGGGAUUUCCUUCUGGACAAUAUCCAUUAGAGACUCGAUUACAAGAAGUGCGCUGUGCCAUAGAAUAUGGAGCACAGGAAAUAGAUGUUGUGAUCGAUCGAUCAUUAGUCUUAAAUCAUGAAUGGUUAAAAUUGUUCGAAGAGUUAUCGGCUAUUCGUACAAUUUGCAACGAGAAAGAAUCAAUAUGUCUGAAAGUCAUAAUAUCAACAGGAGAUUUACUUAAUUUGAAAGAGGUGUACAAAGCAUCUAUGGUAGCUUUAUUUGCUGGCGCUAAUUUUAUUAAGACAUCUACAGGGAAAGAGGAUAAGAAUGUGACAUUGCAAGAAGGAAUUGUUAUGUGUAGAGCGAUAAAGGAAUACGAAAGACUAACCAAUUUCAAGAUUGGCUUUAAACCUGCUGGAGGCAUUAAGACCGCGGCUCAAGCUCUAGAAUGGAUGGUCCUGAUUAAAGAAGAAUUAGGAAAAGAUUGGUUGACAAGUAAUCGUUUCAGAAUUGGUGCAUCUUCUCUAUUAGACGAAAUUCUUGAAACAAUUUCCAACGAAUAUAACGUAGUUGAAGAGGUAUCAGCAGAUGUCAACGAAGAGAUACCUAAAAGUGAACAAAAGACAGAAAAAACCCAAGAAGAAACGGAAAAAGCUAAAGAGGAUUCAAAGAAUUAGGUCUGAUGGAAAUAGUGAUAAAAUAUUUUUAUUGUUUUUAUACAUUCACAAAUCGCAAAUUUGAAUAUGAUUUAUCUUCCUCGACAAAUUAAAAUAAU